AUGUCUAACUGCGGCGACCCACCUGAACAUCCAAAUGCUACAGUCACUCUGAAGGGUAAAGGAGCAGCUAGAUUUCCCUUGGGAGCCAAGGUAACCUAUGUCUGCCCCUGUGGCUACUGGUGGAACAGAACGAACUCAAGCGGCAUCCAAUCCGAAUGCAAAGGAUCUCUGGGCUGGACCAUCCACAAGGACGAAUUGCCGACACUGAACUGCAUUCCGAUACCAACAACAUUAAUGUGCCCGAAUCCCCAAAAUGGCAGCAGCGUGGAGCUCGUGGGAGCGGAUACUUUCUACGCCGAAUGCUAUUUUCCGAGCUCCAUCCCUCCUCCCCCACCAAGAUUUCCUGGGGUAACUCUUCGAUACCGGUGCACUUCUCCCAUGUAUCGAUUCUCCAACGGUACGAAGGAAGUGGAAAUCUUAUGUGACAACAAGAAAUGGAUUCCAGCAAUUGAACUCAAUUGCUUCGGUCCAACCUUGAAGCUGGUGCAAUUAAAGGAGAAGGUCCCACUAUGGGAAGCGGAAAGAAUUUGCCAAGUGAAUGCCAAUGGAAGCCUCGCCAUCCCUUCCUCCAAGGAAGAAUUGAUUCGGAUCAAAACCUUUUUGAUUCAACAAAAUCUUGCAGGGAAUGACGUUGGACUCGGAGGGCACAUUCCCAACGUCACAAACAGUGAGGCUCAGACGAUGCCAGAGGAUGCCGUGAAGCGGUUGUGGGAAGGAAUCGUAGGAGUUCCCAUUGAUGGAUGGUGUCACAUUAGUGUGCUGAAGGACGGCAGCAUAUACCAGCACUGUCUCUUCGCCUAUGAAAUCAACAAUGGGAACGGGAUCGGAUUAGACUAUGUGGAAUGCGGACGUCCGUUGGCGGCAUUCCUUUGCUACGAGAACGAACCGAUCUUAGAUUGCCCGCAGCCACAGGAACCCCCAGACUCCUACGUGGAGCUAGAGACCUACGGAAAAACGAAUUUCUCAUUGGGAGACAACGCCACCUACGUCCGUCCGUGCUGGAAGACUUGGAAUUCUUCUAGCAACCCUGAAGCUCCGUUUCGAACGUCCCAAUGCUUUGGAUCUCUUGGGUGGAAAUACAAACUCGAGGAUCUCCGGACCAGAAGUGAGGCAACAAAUUACGACCAAUGUGGUACUCCUUCUGGACGACUCGGAAACAUGAUACAGUUUUUUCAUGCUGAUCCGGAUGAAUUCUGCCCCCCGCUGAUCCUGCCCCGCGAUGGGGACCCCUACACCAGAGCGGUUAAAGCACCAACUUGCACCACUCCCAACGGCACAUACCCCCCAGGUAACUUCUCCUACGAAUGUGGGCUCGAGAACUUCUAUUUCUCCACUGGGGAUACCCGACUAACGUGGACAUGCCGCGAUGACGGGGAAUGGGCACCUGGGAAUGUGUCCGUCGCUUGCUCUCCGCUCCCAGCUAUAACAUGCGAGUCACCAGGCGACGAAAAUGCCAUCGCCUUCCCCGAUUAUUACCUAGUGGGCUCCACGGUCUACUGCAUCCACAAUGAAUCCUUCCAGCUUCCCCUAUACUGCGGCGAGGAUCUCACCUGGUAUCCUAUGGGAUUCACUCCUUGCAUGGAAGUGUAUCCGUACUUCGAAGUCGAGAACAAGCGCUUUGUGCUUGGGAAGCCGAGAGAAGGAUCCUUCGAAGGGAACUUCGCGGCAGAGGAGUAUUGCCACGAGCACUUCAAUGGAGCAGGCUUGCCGGAACUGAGAAAGAGGAAUGAGUCGGACAUUUUGGCUGCGUCCAUACGGAGAUUCGUAAACGAAGACUUUGCUCCUCUUCCUUACAGCAUUUUGAAGCAUUGGAAGGAAGGAACUCUGCCCGAAGAAGGUCCCUACGACCCGGAGAAUUUCUGGGAAUUCCGCGACGGGCAGCCGAUUCCGCAUGACCUCUUCGUACCGGCUCACCCGAAUGACCCCGAGAACCUCCACUGUUCCGCUCUUCGCAUCUUCGACGAUGUGGGGUUCCGUGACGUGAACUGCUCCCGACAGUUCCACUGGGCCUUAUGUCACCUCGACGUCGAUGAUAGUAUGCGAUUCCUCUACUCUGAUGCGCCGAGGGAGAUUGUGAAAUCAGGAGUGUCUUCUAACGCUUGCUGA